GAAAGCUCUCCCUCAUUUCUCUCCCCCUCAUUUCUCUGUCUAAAACCCCUACAAUCCUACCAAAAACCUUUGCAAAUUCGCAGUUUCCAAUCACCACCGCAGUAAUGAACACCACCGGCGGCUUCCCCUUCAGCUCCCCCUCCUCAGCUACAUCUGGAUCUCGUAAUUUUCGCAGGAAGGUCGUGAAUGGGUGGGGUGAGUCCAAGAUUCAGUUCCAGUGCAUUGAACAUAGAGAAAGAUGGAGAAAAUUUGAUGCCGAGUCUCGAGAUGAAGGCCGGCAUGCCCGACCACCAUUUCCACCCAAUGGGUGCCCUGGAGAUCCUUAUAGAGACUUUAAGGAUCCUCAGGUACAAUUCGGCUGGGUUCAUGGCGAUUGUUGCCCUUCUAAUCUGCUCGUCUCGGCCGUGGUCUUGUCCAAUGUUUUAGUCGACCAAUCCCCCGUAAAACGGCUUACCUUCAGGCUAAUGCUGGUUGCGAAAUCUAGCGGGCUCCCUCUGAGGCCCUUUGUGAAGCAUUCAUGUUACAAACUAUCGGAGGUCGUUGUCUCGGCCACAAUGUGCUUUCCCUUGUUCGUCACGUUAUCUCUUCUGUCAAAAGCUGUCGUGAUUUACUCUGUCGACUGCACUUACUCGAGGAAAAAGUUCGACUACUCCAAAUUCUACGUGAUCAUCUUCAAGAUAUGGAGCAUAGUCUUCACCUACAUGUGGGUAUGCGUCGUGAUCUCAGGCUGUCUCACACUGUUCCUUGUCUUUCUUGUCGUGGUCAACAGCGUGUUCUUGACCAUGGGCUUCCCGCCCGAUUUGAGUCUUUACCCCGUCAUGGUGGUCGGGUUCAUAUUCUCGAUCGUGAUUGUGAAUGCCAUCAUAAUGUGCAACAUUGGUGUUGUGAUCUCGGUUCUGGAGGACGUGUUGGGCCCGCAUUUGCUGAGGUCUAUCUCGUUGAUAUUUCUGGGGUUGGCUAUGGGGUUGGCAAUUGUGGAGGGCCUUUUUGAGCACAGGGUGAAGACAUUGAGCUAUGGAGACGGGUCGUCGAGGAUUUGGGAGGGCCUCUGCUGGUCGUAAUGUACUCGUUUGUGGUGCUGGUGGACUCGAUGAUGAGCACAGUUUUUUACUUCAGCUGCAAGUCUUACCGCAUGGAGAAUGCAAAUGCGGAGAGCGAGCCGGUUCUGGAAGCCCUUAAUAUUGCGCCUUCAUAAUGGGAGGAUACGAAUGAACUGCUUUUGUGAAUGCGGAUGUAGAUAGUUGCAUGAAUGAGAAAGACAUGAGUUUCGGCUUUGGAUUUAAUGAAGUUUGUGCCGAUGAAGGGUUCUCAAAAAUUGGUUAUUUGAAGGUUGUUAUGGUGAUAUCAGUCAUAUGCAUGUAGCUGAAGAAGGAUUAACGUUUCAGACAUCCGGAGAGGUUAGAUUAGUCACUGGUGUACUAUCUUGCAAAAGGUUUUAUAAAGUUGCAUAUUCAAGUAUAGUUGUUCCUUUCCUUUUUUAUUUUUCAGUUAAUAUGGUUGUACUUCAAUUCUUUGUUGAGAUAGUUACUCUGUUACUACAUUUGACCCAGUGGGUUAUAAAAUGUUGUUGGUUUUAUCUGGCAUUUUGAAGGAAUUCACAUCAAUAGCUGGUUGAUUUUCUUGAAUAUUCAUUUUUCAUUUUUGUUUUCUUGUGUUUCAAGCUAGUCUUUGAUUAUUCCAAGUUCAUUAUUGUAAUGGCAUUGAAGUGUUCAUUUCACAUUAGUGCGGAGCUUGUGCUUAUGGGCAAAACGAUUGUACAAAU